AUGGUGAUGGUUGAUCGAUGCCAGUUUCCUUGUUCUUCCCGGCCGGCGUCGCGAGUUAUCAACAAGGGAAAAAGCAGAUCUGCUUUGUACAAAGCCGACGAGCACCAGACAGGGCUGGCAACUACUGGAAAAGGACAAUUACAACGGCAGGAAAUUUCUUCAGGCAGGCUAAGAAGCCAUUACUCUGGAUUCGUUCGUGCCACGCAGCCCGCUGGACAGGAAAAUGUCGCAGCUGGUGGCAGUGAGCCUCAAACAUCAAACGGAUUUGUUACCCCCAGUACCAAAAAUAACGAUGUCGGCGGAUCUCCUCUCCAACAAAAAGGCGAAAGCUCACAGACGCCACGCGGUAUGAAGAUUUUUCGUGUCAACCGUCCAGGUUCAGCAAAACAAGUCACUACUGCGACUAGCGCUUUGGAGGUUGUACAGAAGCAAGCUGGCAGCUCUCCCCCUGUGGUUCACUCUGGAGAUAAGAACGUGGACAUUGGCAAAUCAGCUGAGGCAUGCGACGGCGCGCCUUUAGCACCCGAAUACGGAUUUAAGUACAAAGGCCCCGAACCGACGAUGCAUGGAGACUGGUCGCACAACGGAAGGGUCACAGAUUUUUAG